UUUAACACCAACAACAUCGUGGAUAAGCAGUAGGAACUACGGUCUAGUUUCCUGCUGGUUUUAUUUUAUUUGUUCAAAAUGGAUAAGAAGAAGAAGCCAUUUGACGUGACAGCUUCCUCGUUGGUUGACCUAAAAGCUGAACUCUACAGAAAGCAAGAGGAAUUUAAACAGGAAAAAUUAGUAAAAGAUGCAGGUGUCCCACUGAAACCAAAACCUAUUAAUAAGAAACCUGGUAUUUGGAGUAAACCGAAUGAAGGGGUUGCAGCCAGAGCACAGAAAGAUGUGGAGCAAAUGAGUGAAGAGAAGAAAACUCUGGACGAGGCAAAACGCAAACUUGAAGAGAAAGCUAAGCUGUACGAGCAGAUGACUAAAGGAGACUUUCCAGAUGAAGAAACAGAAAGCUUGUUCCUGGUGGAUUUCACCCAAAAGAUCAUUGACCAGAAGAAGGAGGUGCAAGCCCAGUGUGUGAAAGAGGCAGCAGAGAGGUCCAGGGAUAUGAAUGGAGAAGAGAGCUCUGAAGCCGACACUCCACUUCCACCUCCUGGAAACCCAGAUGAAGAAUGGGUGGACUAUGUUGAUGGUCUGGGACGAUCAAGAAGAUGCAUGAAGAAGGACUUGCCUGGAUUUAUGCAAAUGGACAGAGAUCUACAGGGAAAAAGAAGCGGGCCUGAAGAGAAGACCUUGCUGUCGGAGGACAUGCGCCGGGAGCUGCAGCGCAGGGAGUGGGAAAGAGAGGAAGAGGAAGCCAUGAACAGACCCGUGGGCCCAGUGCACUAUGAAGACAUCCGGGAGAAAGAGGCCCGUGAGCUUGGUGUGGGUUAUUUUGCCUUUGCUCAAGAUCAAGCUCUACGAACAAAGCAAAGGGAAACUUUGGACAUGCUGAGAGACCAGACUAUGGAUCAGAGAACUAAGCGGGAAAAGUUAAAGCAGAAAAGGAAGGCCUUGUUAGAUGCUAGACUAGCAAAGGUCCGACAGCGAAAAAUGAAGAAAAUAAACCUUGAUGGAACAGAAGAAGAGUUGGCGGUAGAGGAUAAAGAAGGAGAGGAAGAGCUCAUUGGGCCCAUCGCAGAGCCCAAACAAGACUCUGAGGAGCCAUCUUCUGUUUCCACACACAAGAAGACUGAAGUUGAGAUACAGGAGAGGAAGGACACCAAGACUGGUGUGCCCCAUGUGCGAGAGUGGGAUAGAGGGAAAGCCUUUUCCUUUGGCCACUGGUCAAGCAAGCGUAGAGAGGAGCGUGAUGCAGAGUUUGCACCUCCCACGGAGUAUUUCAGUGACUACAUGAAACCCAGCCAGGGGAUGAACUGGAACAGAAGCAAGCAGACAUAUCCUUUCCAAGGAAGACACGCCCAGAAUUCAGAGAGCAGAGACAACAUCGGGCCGAUGGCCUCGUCCCAGUCAGAGUCACAAUCGCAAACGUCAGCCCCACAGCAGAGUCUGGAUGAACUGUUGUCUUAUUAUAAACACUCAACCUGAACACACUGGUCCUCCCUGCAGAGUAUCGGGCAGGAGCCACAGACUCUCUGCAGCAGCCUGGCACAGACUCGUACGGUUCUGUGGAGUUGUCCGGCUGUUGUGAGAACACGAGGCAAACUAUAGCUUUCAGUUCUGUCGUUGGGUUUUCAAGCACUUUUGAGUUGGGAAAUGUUUUUGUGUCCUUUAUAAAGUACUAUAAGGAAGCGCAUCAGCACCACAGAGAAAGCUGAUGGCAUUAUUUUGCAGUCACAUUGCAUUAUUCAAGGGAGAUCUUGUGUUUUUCUCAGUUUGCGUUUUUAACUUAGCUGCAUAGGAGCAGAGCCCUCUCUGUCAUGGGUCCAUGGGACAGAACACCACUUUAUUUCCUUUUGAAAAAAUUUGAAAUAUCUUUAUCACAUAAAUUCAUAAUAAAAUUGCUACUGCACCAACUCAAAAGUGCCUGGAUAUGAUACAUGUUCACGCCUUGUUGCUUCAAAAACCACACCAACUGUUUAUCCCGAUCUACAAGUGAAUCAACGUGGAACUAUGUGGAUUUAGCCUCAUUUUGUUUUUCCUUGUAUAUACUUUUUAUUUCAAUAUUUUAAGAUCUAAUGUUACUUAUUUGGAAAAUCUGUAACUUAAUAUUUAGGUUGAAGAUGGAUGUUUUAUUUAGUGCACCUUUUUACAGGUUUCAGGUUUAGAUAGGUUGUAUUAAUACAUUAUUACAGUGUGUCUCAAAAGGAAUCAGGACAAGUUUGGUAAAAAAAAGGAUUCAAAGUUUGUUAUAUUGCUGUUCAAAGAUAUUAAAUAUGAAGGUGCAGGCAGUGAAGACAAGAAAUUGGUGCUAUUUUUCAAUUGAUUGGAAGUGAUUUAAUGUCCAAAUGAAACUGCUGACUAGAGUGCAUCUUGGAAUUCAUAUUCAGUUAAUCAUUUAAGAGUAAUCCAGUAUUUUUUUUUAAUUAACAUUGUGUUUUUGAAAAGUAAUGCCAAAAUACUCUGAAGCUCUAAUAAGGACUUUUUCUUUUUAAACCUGCACUUUAGUUUAGAAUGCAGAGUAAUGUCAGUCAAUUGGAAACCUUUUUUAAUUUGGCUAUAAUCCCAUUCUUCACUGCAAGACCUGAACUGUCACAGAAAAGCAAAUCGAUGUUCAGAAUUUGCUCCAUUGACGCAUGCUGGUGUAUUGGAAACCUGGUUGUACAGUUUAUUUGGCAAUCAUGUUCCUGUGUCUGGGAUUCAGGGCUGCAGCACUAUGAGUUGUUAAAGUCAGCUUGCAUCAAAACGUGAGCUGCUGUUUCCUUCUCCUCUCUGCUCAAGAUGAAUAUAUAGUUCACCAUUGGAGACAGCCAUCCUGUUGGAUGUUCUAUUCUUUUGCAUGGUUAUGGACCCGCAGGGCAAUGUAUUUUUGUCUGUAAAAAGGAUAUGCUUCUCUUAAACUGCUUUAAAUGAAAGGGAAAAAAAUCUGUAUGCUGUGACAUGCAAUUCUUUUAUAAAUAGCCAUUAAUCUCAGUGAUUUCAGUCUUGCGAAAUGUCUCAAAAGUACAAUUUUUUAAGUUAUUGGUGCUCAGUUACCAAAUUAAAUGAUUUUAUGGUGUCAGACCUCCUAAAUGUGUUCUCGGAAGAUACAGGUUAACUGGAAAGGUGCCUUGGAUGCAGUUAUGCAUUGUGACAUAAACUAGUGGGCAGUUUAAAUUUUGCGUUUUAUCUCCCUGCCCCCUCUUGGUUACAGUAAUAAGUGAUCUGUGUUAUGUAUUCAUAAUGUUUGGAAUACUGUACUGUGUGAUCCUGUACACAGAAAAUAAAUGCAGUCCGUUUGCUUAAA